UUGCCCCAAAGCCUUGGUAUGCCUGGCUAAACAUCCAGUCCCAUUCUGCCUGAGGAAACUCAGAGCUGAGGUUGCCUGACCACUGCAGCUGCUGCCCAGGGCUUUGUUCUACUUUCUGUGGGAACGCUUCAAGUCAAGUCAUCACAUCCCACCGCUGGAACCAUGGUCCAUGGGCACAAAGGGGUCCGGUUUCAAAACUGGGCGAAGACCUAUGGCUGCAGUCCAGAGAUGUACUACCAGCCCACGUCAGUGGAGGAGGUCAGAGAGGUGCUGGCCCUGGCUCGGCAGCAGAACAAGAGAGUGAAGGUGGUGGGUGGUGGCCACUCGCCUUCAGACAUCGCCUGCACUGAUGGCUUCAUGAUCCACAUGGGCAAGAUGAACCGGGUUCUCCAGGUGGACAAGGAGAAGAAGCAGGUGACGGUGGAAGCUGGUAUCCUCCUGGUGGACCUGCACCCACAGCUGGACAAGCAUGGCCUAGCCCUGUCUAACCUGGGAGCGGUGUCUGAUGUGACGGUCGCCGGCGUCAUUGGGUCUGGAACACACAACACAGGGAUCAAGCAUGGCAUCCUGGCCACUCAGGUGGUAGCCCUGACCCUGAUGACGGCUGAUGGGGCAGUUCUGGAGUGCUCCGAGUCAAGCAAUGCAGAUGUGUUCCAGGCUGCUCGGGUGCAUCUGGGCUGUCUGGGCGUCAUCCUCACCGUCACCCUGCAGUGCGUGCCACAGUUCCACCUGCAGGAGACAUCCUUCCCUUCAACCCUCAAAGAGGUCCUCGACAACCUGGACAGCCACCUGAAGAAGUCAGAGUACUUCCGCUUCCUCUGGUUUCCUCACAGUGAGAACGUCAGCAUCAUCUACCAAGACCACACCAACAAGGCCCCCUCCUCUGCAUCCAACUGGUUUUGGGACUAUGCCAUUGGGUUCUACCUGCUGGAGUUCUUGCUCUGGAUCAGCACCUUCCUGCCAUGCCUGGUGGGCUGGAUCAACCGCUUCUUCUUCUGGCUGCUCUUCCGCCGCAAGAAGGAGAGCUGCAACCUCAGCCACAAGAUCUUCACCUACGAGUGUCGCUUCAAGCAGCACGUCCAAGACUGGGCCAUCCCCAGGGAGAAGACCAAGGAGGCCCUGCUGGAGCUAAAGGCCAUGCUGGAAGCCCACCCCAAGGUGGUGGCCCACUACCCCGUGGAGGUGCGCUUCACCCGAGGUGACGAGAUCCUGCUGAGCCCCUGCUUCCGGAGGGACAGCUGCUACAUGAACAUCAUCAUGUACAGGCCCUAUGGCAAGGAUGUGCCUCGGCUGGACUACUGGCUGGCCUAUGAGACCAUCAUGAAGAAGUUUGGAGGCCGGCCCCACUGGGCAAAGGCCCACAACUGCACCAGGAAGGACUUUGAAAAGAUGUACCCCGCCUUUCGCAAGUUCUGUGACAUCCGUGAGAAGCUGGACCCCACUGGGAUGUUCUUGAAUUCGUACCUGGAGAAGGUGUUCUACUAAAGCAGGGGUGGAAACAAGCUGCCCCGACUCCCACACUUCUGCUGCCUUUGAGAGGUUGGUCAGAGCCAUGUCCCAUAGGCACAAUGGGCCGGCCUCCCCUCCUGACCACAGAGAGGGGCUCUCUGUGCCUUCUCUAACAUCUUCCUAACACCCCAGGCAAGAUGUGGCUGCUCACCCAAAUUCCUGUUUGCAUUUCCACGAGUCACGCGUACAUUAAAAUCAUCCUAGAAGAAGGGAACUCCUGGACAUGUCAUAUCUCUCCAGAGUAGGGAUUUGGUCAUUUCUAGGUUCUGCCUGUCCAUCAGGUAUAGAGAGAUUGCUGGGGCCUACAGUUCUCCAUCCCUCUUCAGAAGGGAUCUCUUGGCAAGAGUCUCUGCAUGAGCGUGCUCUGCUUUCUCUUAUCCUUAAAGGUCCUUUAGAUGCCUAGACACUGUUUGUCGGGGGAGCAGUCUUCCAGGUGGGUUCACGUGGCCUCCUGACUGCCAUGGCCUGACCCUCACAGCAUCUCUUUCAGGAGGUGUUUAGAGUGGAACUUGCCUCCUCUUUCUAAUAAAGACCAGUGGUUGGUCCCUGUCUUUCUCUCCCUUCACCUCAGAGACAGUUCUUUGGAGUGGGGUUCCUGCCUCGUCCCUGCCCUUCCCCGGGUAUCGUUCUCGUUGUCCUCUUCACAGAUGUUAUUUCAGUUUGCUUUGUGGCCUUUCUGGAGUGUCCCUUGGAGAACCAAGAUGCUCCAUGUGCUUUGUAAGAAUUAAAAGACCCAGAAGAUAUUUUUCUGCA